ACGUCAAGUACUCUAACCUAUAAAAACACUACAAAUGUCAGAAUUUUGGGCAGUAACGACGCAAAAAGUUGUAAACUUUCGUAUUAAAUUGCAAACCCAAAAGGAUGUGAAAAUAUAUUGACAAAAAUGGGCACUUGUGAAUUAAAUCAAAUAUUUCUGGGAGAAGUAGCUUCCGUUCAGAAUUAUGGAGCUUUCGUUCGAAUUCCAGGUUGUAUCCAACAAGGCCUAGUUCAUCGAUCACAGAUAAGUACAGCUCACGUAGAUGACGUCGCGGAUGUACUGCAACGAGGAGAACAUGUCUGGUGUAAAAUAAUAAAUGUCGGAGACGAUGGAAAGGUUGGACUUUCCAUGAAGCAUGUGAAUCAAGGAAACGGAACGGAUUUGGACCCGAACGGCGUAAAACAGCAACUGGACGACCAGAGAAGAAAGACAUUCGUUCCCAGAGAGCGUCAAGCAAUUAAACUAGACGCCGUUCUAGAUACUACUUGUAAAAAAUGUGGUACUGUGGGACACUUGGCUAAAGACUGUUUUAUGCCUGCCGAUGGCAAAAGGUAUGCACUCAUACCGGAAAUCGAAGACGAAGCGCCGCCUGUUCCUGAUGUCCAAGCACCCACGGAAAAGAAGCACAAAUCCAAAAAGAUUAAGAAAAAGAAGAAAAAGUCCUCGCAAAAACACGAUUCUGACUCUGAAAGUGAUGAUUCUAAGGAGGACAGAAAAAUAAAGAAGAGAAAAAAGCAUUCCAAGGAUCACAAACGAAAAAAGAAGCGCGAUAGCAGUUUGAGCGAGAGCGACUCAGAUUCGGAUUCGAAGCCAAAAAGGAAGAAAUAUAUUACCGGAGAGUCUUCAGAACGACAUUCUAAAAAGUGUAAGCGUUCAAAAUCCAAGUAUUCAGAUUGAAUCUACAAAUUGCUUAAUUCAUCAUGUAUAAUUUUUGAUCAAAUAAAUGUUUUGGACAUAUUUGUCUUUUUGAG